AUGAUAAAUUAUUUAAUCAGAGUAAUACAAACUAAGUUAGUCGGUAGAGCUCAACUAUUAGUAGGUUGCCGAUCAGAACUAGAUACUUGGCAAAAAAUCAAAGAUGCAUUGCAAGCCUGUUUUGGCGACAAUAGAAGCUUAGAAUGUUUAGAACAAGAUCUUUUUAUGGCUAAGCCAAGUAAAGGAGAAACAUCUUUGGAUUUUGCUAAGAGAUUGCAAAUAUUACGUAGUCAAUUAGCUCAAAAAUUAAAUAGUCUUCCUGAAACUGAAAUGCCGAUUUCGACCAAAACAAUUUAUCAAAAACAAUACGAACAAAUAGCCCAAAGAACUUUUAUUCGUAACCUCCCUGGACCUUUACAAAGCAUAACACGACUAAGAAGUCCCGAAAAUCUCGAAAGUGCUCUCACAAUCAUAACCGAAGAAGAAAAUUUUCAAUACACUCAAAAUUUAUUUAAAUAA